AUGCGUUCACUGUGGGGGUCGGUUAUCCUUGCUCCCGUGUCCGCCAGCCCACCUAAACCGCUUACCUUUAUGGUUUUCUUCCUGCAGGUGUUCGCCGUAGAUCGUGUCUCCAGUCGUCUCCUCUUCCGCAGCGGCAUUUCAGCCUUGACGCCAGGCGGAGAGGCAUGGCUUCCUCUACAGCUUCCGAUAUUGUGGACCGUCGGAGAGGGACCUCAACCACUACAGCCGGAAGAGGGGAAAAGGCUCUACUCCAACAAACAUCUGCCUCUGCACGAGUGCAUUGAGUUGCUCAACACUGUCCUCCUUCAGUUUGAGGCAAACAAAGCAUCUGUUUGUCCCUCUCCGCCUUCUGAACAGGCGACAGCUAACGGUAAAACAUUUCGCCUUCUCGAACUUCUUUUUUGCUUUCGUUAUUGUCCUUUGAAGUAG